UGGAGUGUCGCCGCUCCCAGCUGCUGCCUCGUGCUCUUGGAUGUCACGUCAAAAAUACUGCGGUGAUAACAGUCACGGCCGUAAAGCAUCAGAACCACGACUCGAUGAACCUGAUUUAAUUUAGUACAUUUAGUAAACAGUGACAUAUGAACAAGAUAUGCGCUAAAAACCUUCAUCCAAAAGUCACAUCGAUAUUUGUUCCUGAAACUGGCCGACGCAGUUGUGGUCAGACGAUGACGUCAGGAGUUUGAAUGAACCUCACAGUUGUUCAUAAAAGUGAAAAAUAGAUCCACAUACGUUUAUGAUAAAACAUCUUUACAUAUAAUUCAACGCAGAGGCGAAGCACAUCAAUGGUACAGUCAUCUCAUGAUAUUUAUUUAUUUAUUACUUCUAUUAUUAUUGUUUAUUCUAUUCAUUACGUUUUUAAUUUGAUUUAUUUAUACAGUCGUGUAUAUUUUUUAAUUUGUUCAUUUUGCUCAUUAUUGCACGAUGCACCGAAGCACUGUCCUAGUUGGUGGGGUCCUCACUGACAUUGGCAAUAAAGCUGAUUUUUGAUACCACACACUGAUGAAGGAAGCAGCAGGAGGGAGUGACCAACAUUCUUCGUCUAUAUAUAAUCUUUAUUUGCUCCUGUGAAAGGAGUAACACGUUGUUCUGAAUAGUAUUUUCGCCUUUUAACAUAUUUAUUAAUCUUCUAAUGUCUUCAAUAUACAGUGGUGCCUCAGUUUUCGAACGUCACGGAAUUCGAACAAAUUAAACGACAACAUUUUCCAGAUUUUUUUGCUUCUGGUUUCAAACAAAAAUCCAGAACUCGAACGCCCCUGAAAAAAUGCCGGAAAAAAACGUAAGGUGCGUGGACCGAUCAGCUGACCCACGAGGCGCUUUGUUAUUGUGUAUAACGCAGCCUCUGUAUGCAGACGUGUCCCGUUAGCUCCAUUUACUGACUGUUUUCUCUUGAUAUUGAGGUGUAAAACCUUUCCUGUCUCCACACUGGGGCGUGGUAGAGUGUCACAGGGGAGGUGCUGGAGCGCUCACUCCAGGGUUUGAUGUCCUGUUGUGGGCUGGAGCUGGGACAGGGAUGAGGCCAGUCUGGGACAGAGCGUGACUUGGUUUAUGACUUUGUCACAGCCAAACUGCACAGAAGCGCACAUUCAGAGCUGGACACGCACCGGGCACCUCUUCACUUCUGGAGAGACCUCACUCACUCGGCAACCCCUCCCACAUGCAGCGGCCACACACAUAGAGGAACAGCGCACCUGCAGCAGACGCUCUACAUUCACUCCUACAAAAGACUAUUUUAAGGCUUGGAACGAAUGGAAAAAAAUCCCUUCUCGAACGGCCUUCUGGAACGGAUUGUGGUCGAGAACCGAGGCACCACUGUAGUGGCGGGGUGGCGCCCUCUUACUGACAGCCACUGUAUACGUGUAUAUUUUGAGUCGAGAAAUGUUUUGUGCCCGAACCGAAGGAGAUUUUGGAAAGUCCUUUCUGCCGCGGACUGAUCUGAAGGACGAAGGUUUUCCUGGAGCCCCAUGCAUGCGGUUGUGGGUAGCAGUGUGCCGUUGGUGGACACGGCACAGUUUAACAUGACUCAUCAAACCUAUUUGACAAGUUCCACGUCCUUUGCUGACUCGGAUAAAUUCACGCUAUGGUCCGCGAUUCUAGGCGUAACGUGAUGACCCCGCCCUCAUUUUAAUGGUUGAUUUCAAGCUGAAAGAAUUUGAGUUCAUCUGAGUGGAAUUUCAUUUCACCUCACCAGACUGGAGAGUGCUGCUGCAGCAGGGACCAAGAAGCAAAACCGCUGAAGGAUUUUUUUUAUGGGAAAUAAAUGACCGGGAGAUUAAUCCUCUCACCUUCCAUGUCUCCUGCACAGUGAUGAGGUCACUGGUGUAUGGACAAAGCUGUUGGGAACAACUCAGACACCUUUAUACUGUAUUUCCGUAACCCGUAUCAUGGGUUAGCAAAACAACAGUAACAAAGUGGAUGUCAAAGUAUCAAAAUGUGGCGCUCAGAAAGGCAGACACACCUGUUUUUCUGCUGCAUACAAAGGUUUAAGAAACACCGAGCAGAAAAAAACUUCCUGGGAAAAGAAGAAACAAUGAUGGAAAAAAAUGUGGCCUCACAAAAGCAUUUGCAGAAACUUAAAGGAAAUCAAAUAAAAAUGGCCCAAAAAAGUGACAGGAGAAACAUGAUGGAUGAAAGACGAGUUGGCUGAAGGAGUGGAACAAAAGAAAGACACCUGAUGAUCAGCAGACGUCGACUGUGGAAAGAUACAAAUACUGUUGUUAUCACUCUGUUUGAUAUGGGCCUCCCUGCUCUACUUGCAGUGUCCUUUGUCCAAUAAAGUGUCUGCUGGGUUUGUUUGUUUGUACAUGUCUGUUGUUUGAUAUGUCAAUGGUGUUUAGCUGUUGAUGUAUUUUGGUGGCAGCGUGUUCUGCUUGUUACUGCAAUGGCGUCCUUGCGUGUUUGAUUUACUUUUCUGACCUCUGCUGAAGCUCUUCCUCACAUCAACGUGUAGAGUUGGUUAGUCAUUACUCAGAAGACCACGUCUCAAUUCUGUUUCUCUGCUUUGAGGAUCAGCCUUUAGGUCGAUGGUACGUUUGGGUCUACUCAUAAUAACACUGACGUGUGAGGCAGUCUUACCUAUAGGUGCGUUCCACUUGUGUGCAGAACGUGGAUAUUCACAGUUUCUGCCCCCAGUCAUGUCACCUGAUGUAGGAUUUCCAAGUGGGAAAGUUGGGCAGUCCUCACCACCUCGAGGACCAACCAAAACUCACUUGGUGUAAUAUAUUGACUUUGGGAAAGUGGACUUUUGCAUCCUUUGCUGAUGAAAAAGGCAGCCCUCAGCGAAGAAUGUUUCGCAACAGUUUCCUUCCGUAGCGUUUCAGGCGGAUGCGGUCCGUGGAUCGUGCGUUCCGCGGGGCCAGAAAAAUCACGUUUUACUUCCAUACAGCUCCAGGGACGGGUGUGGAUUGCGCGUUGAGGACCACCACACAUGGGGGCUUGGGAAUGUGCGAGGCGGGGAACAUCGCUUUGAGACAUGCUCAGCCUCUCUUCACUGAAUGACACUGGAUGUCAGUACAAUUUAUGACCUCUUACGUGAAGGUACUCGGUGACAGAAAAGGCACGGGCGUUUGAUGGGCUUUAAAUAGCAAUUUGACACGUUACUAAACGUACAACGAAUAGGGCGCCAGCUUACCCUCACCCCAGCCUAUGCGGACAAUGCAAUGUGCGAUGUUGAAGGCUGCCUUUUUCCCAACGUCAAUACAUGACACCAUGGGAGUCGAGAUGUGUUGCGACCUACACAACCCAAAAUUUUGACGUAAUUCCCAGUGCUGAUUCCCACUUCUAAGGGAACUGUAACGCAGCCAUAACACCAUUUUAGACUUGGGGACGACCUGGCCUGCCGAUCCACCUUACCGGAUUAACUCAUACGUUUGAGUUUGAUGCUCCGUUUCGUAGAUAUAGAGUUUCAUAAUGGUCUUGAACAAGAGUCAAGCGCUUUGCUACGUCCCAGUGCCGUCCACCUUGCCUGGUUGGAGGCCCCCCUCCGAGCUCAGAUCUGACCACGAAAGAUUGCGUUUGUAACUAGAACAGAAGAUGUUGAUCCUUCAAGACGUGGACACUCAUGUAAAGAAGACUGUUAGCGCUACGUUUGAGGGGCUUGUUGGAGAUUCUCCCGGCGACGGUGGUACCUGUGUUACAUCACUGUGUUGUUCUUAUCUGGUACAGAUCGUUUUUUCAAAUGCUGUAAUGUUGUAUUCUGUCUUGUGAAGCAAUAUAACAGGCAGCAGAGCCCCACUCAACCACCGAGCCUUUGGAAGCCCCCUCCAGUGGGACAUCACCCUCCUGACAGUGAUAACGCCGGUGAGGUGUUCCUGAGAUGUCUGGCUGCCAACAAGCCACUGCCCAGCUAUCUCAAGGGGGACAUGGCCUCCAACUUGGCCGAAGCCAUCAAGUCUGCCACAGACCUGAAGGAGAAAAUCAAAACGGACCCCCAGUUCCAAAAGCAUGUGACAAAAAGCCGCAGUCGCAGCAGGAGCCGGGGCCGAAGUCGGGGCCAUAGUCGGGGCCGUAGUCGGGGCCGUAGUCGGGGCCGAAGUCAAGGGCGAAGCCGCGCCAAGUCGCGAGCCAAGAGCCGCGCACGCAGCCGCAGCAGGGGGCGGAGCAAAAGCCGAGCUCGCGGGAAGAGCAGAGUGAGGAGCCGAAGCCGCAGCAACAGUCGAGACAGGAAGAGCCACCUUCGGAGCAAAAGUCGAGCCAGGAGGUCGAGGUCUAACAGCGGUGGCGGUGAGAGAAGCCACAGAGGCGAGCAGACGCAGAAAAGCAGCUCCGGCCACAUUCAGCCGCUGAUAAGCAGCAGUCUGCUGGAGGGGCUGAAGCUGGUGCUGAAGGAGGACAUGCUGGCCAAGGCGAGCACUGAGAGAACGUCCUCGGCAGCUGGACAGGUGCCCAGCGUGUUGGCGUCUUCGGAGAGCGACAGCUGUCUGCUGCCUCAUGAGCGAGUGGGCGGGAACUUCUCGUGGCUCCACGCGAGCCAAGAAGAUGUUGCUGCGACGAAGGUCGACGAGUUUGACGAAGAGUCGUUCCUGUACGGGAGCGAGGACCUUGGCAAGAGUGGUCAGGAGGAGAAAGAGACAGGACUGUUUCCAUCCACUUCUCAGUCUGCAGAACAAAAGCAGCAGGGAGGCUGCGAGGGCUUCAGCCAGCAGAUGAACUUGCUGUUCCCCAGCUUGGUGGACGACAGCGAGUGCAAGAAGAUCAAACAAAUCUUGAGUCAUCUGAACACCAGCAACAAGACGGAGCAGAAAGUCCAGGGAGCCACCCUGGAACCGCCGCUCAUGUCGGUGCCGGUGAUGGCGCCAGGAGUGCCAGAUCCUAAAAACCCAAACGUUCGUCACGCUCUGGAAUCUUUACAGUCGCUCAUCAAAGCGACCAAGGAGAAGCGCUCAAAAAGUGACAGUCUGACACCGCAGCCACCUCAGGACACGUCGAAGCCUGCAGAGCGGAAGGAGAGCAUGAGUGACAAAGAGAGGAGGAAGGAAAGAAUCGCUCAGCUGAUGAAGGAAGUGGAAGCCUUGAUGAACAUGGAAGGGUUCAAGUCGAUGACACCAGUGAUCGGCUUCUACUGCCAGGCGUGCGACAAGUUCUUGGAGAGCUUGAAACAAGCUGAACAUCACGCCGCCACUUGCCGAGCUGCCGAACACCACAGUAAGGAGGUGAAGGCCAAGACGGAGGCUGCUCAGGGACACGCCCACCACCACCACCACCAUCACGGCAGCAGCAGAAGCCGGCCUCACCAGAAAGACGAGAUCAGUCGAGAGAGGAAACCGGAGCCCAAUGUGUCCCUGAUGGAGGAAAUGAGCCGGGAGAGGAUGCUGAUCACCGUGCCAAACGGACUGGCGCCACCAAAGAGAGAGAGGGAGGAGGCGAAGGAGCCGCAGAGGGACAAGAGCGUCCCGGAGAUGAAGAAGGAGCAGAAAGAGAAAGUAGAGAGCAGCGACGGCAGCGACUCAGACGACGAGAAGAGCACAAAAUCACCCAGAAGGAAAAAGAAGAAGAAGGAAAAGAAGAAGAAAAAGAAAAAGAAGUAGAAAUGUUUCUUUCUGUUGUGAAACGUCUUUGUCUGGUGACAAACCUUUAACGGGAGAUGUCUCCGGCGGCGCUCCUCCAGUGGGUAAGUUGACCUGCAGAAAGAAAGACUCUUUUUAUUUCUGCUCUUCCCCUUCGCUGUCACGUCACAUGAAGUCACGGAUUCACUUCACCACCUUCUAUUUUAUAGAGCACCGCUCCUUAGUCUCAGUCUGUGUCGCCAUGGUAACCAGGUGUGUAAACCACAGCUCCUGCGAGGCGAAGAGAAUGAAUUGUACCUUCAAAAUCAAAACCAUGAAAUAAACUUGUGUCCUUUUGUCUAAGUUUUUCUCAGAACCUGUUCACUAUCGUGUGUGGCUAUGGCCGUGUUUUGCCACCGCUGUGAGAGAGUGUCAGGUGAGCCGUGGGAAAUGAUCCAGUUUCACCUCAUGUGUCCGGAGACAGAGGUGACAUGAAAUCAUGAAAUGAUCUACCAACGUGAGCAGGUCACGUGGCUUCGUCCUCCCACCCUGUGCUGAGGAGGAGUCAGAUGAAUCUUGGUGAAGAUUCAGGACUAAUGGCCUCCUUCCCAUCAUGGCUCCACGUCAGAGAGAGAGAGGUGAUGAUGGAGGUCCAGGAUUGUUGCUGUGGGAGGUGGUGUUCCUUUGCUACAUUUCACGUCCUGUAUGAACGUUCUCAGUCUAAAAUGACAAUAAAGGUCAGUGUCACAGCCAUGAUGUUGUACAUGUCCACUCUCUGCUGGUCACAUGAUCAUCUCUCUCAUCUCUCCCUAGGGUAAAAGUGGACUUGACGUGGAGGAGCGGGUCCAUAAAGGCUUCAAGAGUGGGAACCAAACCUUCACCAAACAUAUCAAAGGUUCUGAUUCACCAGAGACGUGGGAGUGCAGACACCUAUAGUGAAGAACACAAAUAUGAUCACAACGAUGGAUGCUGUGACAGGCCCGCCUCGCUCUUUCUGCCUCUGGUCUCAGGAGCUUCAGAUUUGUACUUGUCGUCACUCUUUUGUCUCAUUUCAUUUAUUUAUUUAUGUUACUAACUGAAAUACUUUACUGCAGCUACUUGUUUUUGCUGCUGUUCGACUGAAUUUGUUGUGUACAGCUUCGUACAUCACCUCAUAAGUUCAACCCCCAAAACCUGCCUGGAACAUGGUAGAGUUGACCAGCAGAUGGCGCUGUUUCCUCAUUAACUCCUGACUCGACCUUAUUGGGGUUUUUUUUAACCUUUUAAAUCAAUUUCUUUUUAUGCACUUUUUUGUUUUCAUUAAACAGCGUAUUUUCCAGGUCAGUAAAGUUGCUUCUGUCAGCCUGCCGCUUCCUCCCUCACCAACUCGUGAGCGCCACUUCGCCUGUUCCCGUUCCUCCACAUUCCCGCCAGCGCGUCACCGCGUGUCGCACCUCGCUCUGACUGUCCGCCGAAAGCGCCUUCACUGCACCGUCACCGUUGAGGAUGAGCGUCGAUUUGUGAGCCGAGGACGGAGACAUUUUUCCCACGCUCGCCGUGACCCGGAGGAGGACUUUCUCAGAGACGCUGCCCGUCACGUGACUGUUUUUGAACACUCGUAUUGGGUCAGUUUAUUAAUAACCGGACCUCAACGUCAGAGCACUCACCAGUUCGAAAAAAGUUUCAAACCCACAGCCUCCUAUGAUGACGUGUGUGUCAGUAUGAGGUGGUUUUUGAGGUGCGUUUGAGCCCCUCUGUCACUAAAGGGGCUCAGUCAAAUUGGGGUGUGUGUCUGUGUGUGUGUGACAAGCCACCUUCUUGUGAGGACAUUUGGCCUGUCCUUACCAACAUGGUGCCCACAGAGACCAAGGGCAUAGCCCAUGGGCCAAAAGUCUUUUUUUACUUCCACCAUUGGGUGAAAAGUCAGCAAUGA